UCUCUCUCUCUCUAUAUCCCUAUCUCUAACCAUGAUAAUUCAUUGGUAUUAUUCCUAUUCCUAGUCCUACUUCUGGUUUUCGGGCCUUUUAACCGUACCCCAGACGAAAUCUCCACUACAAAACCCACCAGAGACACAGAGACAGAGAUAAUCUUUAAUGGAGGCCGAGGCCGAGGCCGGUGGUGCAGGUAAUGAUCACGGUGAGUUGAGCGAGAAGGAGCAGGAAAUCAUUGAUUGGUUCGAGCAAGUGACGAGUGACGCAGGCGUGGCUCAGUCCCGCACUCUCCGCCAGAUUCUCCAACAGAACUGUGGCGUUGAGUACCUGAAGCCAUGGCUGGGAGAUGUCAAUAUCCACCAAAUCCAAGACGACGACUCCGCAUUGGAAUCUCUCUUCACUUCCUCCGUACCACUUUCCUCCCAUCCCCAUUUUGAGCCUUUUCUUCAAAGAAUCGCAGAUGGCGACUCUACCCCAUUACUAACUCAACUACCCAUCAAAACUCUCUCUUUAAGUUCUGGCACCACGGAAGGCCGACAGAAGUACGUACUCUUCACUCCCCAUAGUGCUCAGACUACACUCCUCAUAUUUCGCUUAGCCGCUGCUUACAGAUCCAGGGUUUAUCCCAUAAGGGAAGGAGGGAAGAUUGUGGAGUUCAUUUACAGCAGCAAACAGACCAAAACCAAGGGAGGUAUAACCACCGGAACCGCGACCACGCAUUACUACGCGAGCGAAGAAUUCAAAAUCAAGCAGCUGAAAACGCAGUCGUUCACGUGCAGCCCGGAAGAAGUGAUUUCGGGGGGAGAUUACAAGCAAUCCACAUACUGCCACCUCCUCCUGGGCCUCUUCUUCGCCCACCAAGUCGAGUUCGUCACUUCCACUUUCGCCUACACCAUUCUCCAGGCCUUCAACCAACUCGAAGAGGUCUGGCCCGACAUUUGCCGCGACAUAACCCAUGCCUCGCUCUCCUCCACAGUCACCAUUCCCAAAAUGCGUAGGGCUGUUCUAGACAUCAUCUCCCCCAACCCAUCUCUCGCUUCCUCCAUCCGAGCCUCCUGCCAACGCCUCCGGGCCCGGGAUUGGUUCGGUCUGAUCCCCGAGCUGUGGCCCAAUGCCAAAUAUGUUUACUCCAUAACCACCGGCUCCAUGCAGCCGUAUGUCAAGAAAUUGAGGCACUACGCUGCGGGGCUGCCGUUAGUGAGCGCUGAUUAUGGAUCCACCGAGAGUUGGAUUGGCGUCAACGUGGACCCUUCUCUUCCCCCCGAAAACGUUACUUUUGCCGUGGUUCCUACUUUCUCUUAUUUUGAGUUCAUCCCACUUUUCAGACAACACCAAAACCAAAACCAAAUAUGUUCCUCCGAUUUUGAUAUUGGCGUUGAUGACUUCUUGGAAGGCGAACCGGUUCCGCUGUCUCGAGUCAAGAUUGGACAACAGUAUGAGGUUGUUCUUACUACUUUCACAGGGCUUUAUAGAUGCAGGUUAGGGGACAUAGUAGAAGUGAGUGGGUUUCACAACAAGACGCCCAAACUGAGCUUUAUAUGCAGAAGAAAGCUGGUGCUAACCAUAAACAUCGACAAGAACACGGAGAAGGAUCUUCAAAUGGUGGUUGAAAGAGGGGCCCAGCUGCUGGGCGACAAAAGUCAAAGCGGAGCCGAAGUAGUUGACUUCACCAGCCACGCCGACGUGGCCGACCAGCCAGGCCACUACGUCAUCUUCUGGGAAGUCAAAGGUGACGUGGAGGAUGCAGUUCUGGGAGAGUGCUGCACCCUCAUGGACGCUGCGUUCGUGGACCAUGGCUACGUGGUGUCCCGAAGAUCCAACUCCAUCGGACCUCUCGAGCUCCGGGUCGUGGAGAGAGGAACUUUCAAGAAGAUUCUGGAACAUUGUAUUGGAAACGGAGGCGCACUUAGCCAAUUCAAGACCCCUCGAUGCACCACCAACCAACUUCUUCUCUCCAUUCUCAAUCUCUCCACCGUUAAAACCUUUCGCAGCACCGCGUACGCCUGACCCGCGCCAAACGACGACGUCCAAUUGCGCACUGGUAAUUUAACCAACUUUCCUUUCGCUUCUAAUUUAAUUCCAUCUCCUCAUUACAAUUAAUUAAUUUAUUGUAAUAUUUACCAAUUUUAAAUCAUUUUCGGAUCUGAGUUUUCCCUGUCUCUCUUUUCUGCUGCACGCCCUUGUUCUUUUUGCCUUCACAUCCAAAAAUCCCAUAUUUUA